CUUGCACACACUCACACUCUUUUUUUCUCUUUUUUCAUUGGUGGCUUUGAUCAAGAACAAGACCUCACGAACCAAACAAACAAAAGCUCCAAAACCUAAGUUUCUUUUCUUUAUCAUUCCAAAUACCAACGCCUUUCCCUCAAAAGGAAAGUAAAUUCCACAAAGUACAAUUCACCCUUCCAAACCCUCACCACCCAUCACACAAUUUCAAUAUUCAUUUUCUCCAAAAACAAAUAAAUCCACCAUUUGUUCACUAGUUGAUUUCUUACAGAACCUAGAAAUUCCUAAACAAAACUAAAAUUAGCUAAAAAUCUGCAUCAUAUUUCUUACAGAAGCACUUUUAUUUGCUUUUGCUUUAAACAGAAAAAAAAACCAUAAAUAGUCAACUUACACAUCUUUCAUUUCCUUCUUGUGCUUUUGUCUCAUCUUUUUUUAGAGGAUAAAUUAAGGUAAAGAAGGGAUAUGGCUCGUGAGAAGAUUCAAAUAAAGAAGAUUGAAAACUCAACGGCGAGACAAGUGACUUUUUCAAAGAGAAGAAGAGGAUUAAUCAAAAAGGCUGAAGAACUUUCAGUUUUGUGUGAUGCUGAUGUUGCUCUCAUCAUUUUCUCUUCUACUGGGAAACUCUUUGAAUACUCCAACUUAAGCAUGAGGGAAAUACUUGAAAGACAUCAUUUGCACUCAAAGAAUCUGGCAAAGCUUGAAGAACCGUCGCUAGAGUUGCAGCUAGUUGAAAACAGCAACUGUUCUAGAUUGAGCAAGGAAGUUGCUCAGAAGAGCCAUCAACUAAGGCAGAUGAGGGGAGAGGAUCUCCAAGGUUUGAGUCUGGAAGAGUUACAACAAUUGGAGAAGUCUCUUGAAAUUGGAUUGGGCCGUGUAAUUGAAACCAAGGGAGAGAAGAUUAUGAUGGAGAUCAAUGAGCUCCAAACAAAGGGAAGACAACUGAUGGAAGAGAACAACCGACUAAAGCGACAUGUGUCAGGUAUGUUUAAUGGUAAAAUGUUUGGAGGAGUUGAAUCUGAGAACAUGGUUACUGAAGAAGGUCAAUCUUCAGAAUCAGUCACCAAUGUUUACAACUCUACUGGUCCUCCCCAGGACUAUGAGAGCUCAGACACCUCGCUUAAAUUGGGGCUUCCAUAUGCUGGCUGAUAGUAGAUUUGUGCGAGGGUUAAACCUUAUUUAUAAAAUCCGCAAGAGUUCUUGUUGGCUAAAUUUCGUAGAUGAAUAUCGUGGCUUUAAUCUUUUGCCCUGUAAAAUGUGUAUAUGUAUGUAUUUGUAAUGACUUCAGGUAUUCUGGAUCAUCUCGUUCGGAAAUUAUUUAAGAAAAAAAGUAAUUUCCAGUUUGAGUUUAAUUCACAUUUAGUUAA